AGAAGAGGUUGGGAGAGAGAACAAAGUAGUGUCUCCGAGUGGAUCUGGUCUCAGGAGAAGAUGGAGUGCAACAAGGAGCAGGCGGAGAGGGCGAAAGACCUUGCGUUGCAGAAGUUCUUGGCCCAUGAUUACCAGGGUGCCAAGCGGCUGGCCAUGAAGGCUAUGCAGCUUUAUCCCAGCCUUCAGGACAUUGGCCAGAUUGUGGCAGUGAUGGAGGUGCAUGCCUCUGCGAACGCCAAAAUCAAUGGGACGGAGAUGGAUUGGUAUGGCAUUCUGCAGGUGCAGAUCACGGCCGAUGAAAUCACAAUCAAGAAACAGUACAGAAAGCUUGCCCUGCUGUUACAUCCGGACAAGAAUCGGAGUGCUGGGGCGGAGGCAGCCUUUAAGCUGAUCGGGGAGGCGCAGACCAUUUUGACGGAUCGAGCGAAGAGGGCACAGUAUAAUGCAAGGAGAGCGGCGGCUCCAGCAGUACAGAUAGGCAAGACGAAUGCCUCCUCGUCCGCGCAGGCCUCUCAGUAUCAUCAUCAUCAGCAGCAGCAGCAGCGAAAUCAGCAUAGCCAAGGGGGGGCUGCUUCGGGGGCGGGGGCAGCCGGGGGAGCAGCGGGAUCAAGUGGCUUCGGAUCUCGCGCGGGUUGGCCGCAGCAUCCGCCGUUUAUGCAGCAAACGGCACAGACCUUCGCCGCACAUCAGCAGCAGCAACAGCAGCAGCAGCAGCAGCAGCAGCAGCAGCAGCAGCAGGCUUCCAAGGUUAACGUGGGGUCGAGGGGGAAAUUCCUGUCUAGCUGCACGAAUUGCAAAUCGGCGUACGAGUUUGACAUUGAGCACUAUGGGAAGAACGCGAAAUGCUACUAUUGUAGUCACGUGUUUCCCGCGGAAGGGCCAUUGGGAUCGGCGGCGGACAUGUGCUCGGCAGCGGCCGCGGCUGCGCGCGUGGGGUCGGCAGCAGCGGGAGGAGUAAGGUUCCCCGGGGUGAGCGGAAUGGGCGCAGCAGGGUAUUCAGCGCAGUUCGCGGCGUCGGCGGCGGCAGCUUCAGCUGCCGCACGUGCGGCGAACAUGGGAGUUGGUCGCGCAGGCAUAAACGGGGGAGUGCCGCUAGGCGCCGGGGGAGCAAGCGCAGUUCCGCCUCACUGGCAGCAGGCUUCGACGCAGCCCCAAGCAGCACCUACCCCGCAGCAGGCACCUCCGCCCAAUGGCCACCAUUUCGCCGCGGCGGUGUUUGCCCAGGGGCAGGCGCAAGCUGCGGAGAGGGCGUACGUGCAAGCCCAAGCGCAGGCACAAGCUUUGCGUGCGCAGGCCGCUCAAGCGGCUGCGCGUGCCGCCGCUGUGAAGCAGGCACGGGCGCAGACAGUCGCGGCUAUGGCAGCAGCGCAGCAGGUACGUGCUGAUAUGGAUGCGGCGGCGGCCGCGGCAGUUGCUGCGGCUGCUGCGGCCGGGGUGCCACCCUCCACAGUAGCUGGGGCAGCCGCGGCGUCGGGGACCGAAGGGUUUGUGCACACAGUGUGGAACGAAGUAAAGCGGCAGCGAAAAGCUGACGAAGCAGAGAAAAGACGACAGGAGCAAGCAGCGAGGCGCGCUAAUAGGGAAGAUAGAAAGAGGAAAGAGGCUAUGGAGAAGAAAGUCAAGCCGGAGGACCGGAAGAGGACGAGUGACGGAAAGCCUGCCAAACGCUCUCGCAAGAGGAAGGGAGAGGAUGAGGAGGAGGAUGAGGAGGAGGAGGACUUCGAUGAUUCGGAGGAUGAAGAGAAUCUGUCAGACGGGGGAAGUCUAGGGUCAGCUAAGGCGAACAACCCUGGAGCCACUGGGGCCCCGUCGAGCUCUGCGGCCACUGCGACUCCUAAAAGACUUCGACGAUCGGUCCGCCAGAGGCGGGACGUAAGCUACAGGGAGGACAGUCCAGAUGACGACGAUUUCGUGUUUUACGAGAAGAAGAAGGGGGCACAAGGGGGAAGUGACGGGGGAACAGGAGCUGCGGAAGCUCCGAGUUCGGAUAAGCGGAAAGGGGGAGCAGCAGGCCGCUCCGCGGCCGCUGCGGACGCCCGUCCUCAGACGGUCGAUGCUGUGUAUGCUGAGCCCACCGCUGUCGUAGAUGCUCCCACCGAUGGCGCUGCCCGGGGCGGAAGCGCCACAACCAAUCCGCUCACCGGCGGAAGCAGUGGUGUUACGGUUGCCGCGGCGCCCAAUCAUAGCAACAAUAACAGCAGCAACUGUACCACAGGCAGCAGGAGGAGGUGCGGUACUGCGAAUACUAGUAAGAACCGCACGGACGGCUCUGCUGUAGCCAGAGGAGGAGACCGUGGCGACGACAUUGUUGACGUGAGAGCGGUGGAAGAUAGCAGGAUUGGGGCGGGGCAGAGAAGCGAAAAGCUCCCAGCAGCAGCAGGAGCAGGGGGGGGAGGCCUGUCGGGUCAAAGAACCGAACAGCGUUCAGCAGCAGCAACCGCGAGCGGCGGAGAGGUAGGUGACGGGGGAGGGCGAGGAGCGGCGAAGGUGGUGGGUGGUGCGGUUGCUAACAAAGCACCGCACCCUGUGCAUGUUAAACAGGAGCCGCAGGAGGAGGAAGAGGAGGAAGAGGAGGAGGAGGAGGAAGAAGAACAGAAGGAAGAUGUAGCAAUGGACAGAGGGGACGGGGUUGUAGAGGUGGAGGAUUCUGACUCCCCGGUCAAAGAGCUGGAUGGAAAUCUUCAGUAUAUGGACGUUCCUGAUGGGGAUUACUACGAUUUCGAUCAUUACAGGACAGAGAAGGACAUGGCGUCCGGUCAGAUCUGGGCGCUGUAUGACGAUGUAGAAGGCAUGCCACGGUACUACGCGAAGAUCAGAGCGAUCUCCAUGAACCCUUUCAAGGCGGCAAUGACGUGGCUGGAAGAGAUCGAUGUGGGUGUGGAUGCAAAUAAGGGUAGGAACGGGAAAACGCUGCAGAAGAGAGGCGGAGGGACGACCAAAGGCGGGUACGGUGGUGGGCAUGGCCCAUCGGGGUGCGGCUUCUACCGGUUUCAAAAGCCAUCGACGCAGAAGUCGACCAUGACAUUUUCUCACAAAGUAGAGUGGGAGAAGAGGAAAGCAAAUGCUAUAAGGAUCUAUCCGCGCGUGGGGCAAGUAUGGGCUUUACACGUGCCGGGGAGAGACGCUGUUGUAGGAUCAGGAUCAGGAAAGGGAGUUAGGGCGUAUCAGGUGGUGGAGAUCGUAGGAGACUGGAGCGACGAGAAGGGUAUCAGGGUAGAGGCGCUUGAGAAGGUUAGCGAGUUUAAGUGCAUUUUCAGGAGGGGGGGGGUGGGAGGCGUCGGUGGAAACCAAGGCGGUGUGGGGACAGAGACCCGAUUCGAAAUAAUGCCAUGGGACGAGAAGAGGUUUUCCCAUCAGAUUCCUGUGUACAGAUUCAAAGGGGGAGAGAUGCCGGGAGUAACGGCGGGAAUGCUUGAGCUUGACCCUGCCGCCUUGCCGGGAGAGUUUGCCAAAUCGAAUACGUAGGAUGGGCUAGACGGUGCUCUUCUUCUACAAUCGGACACACAUCGCAUCGCAUGCACAUUCGCGCGCGCGUAUGUCCAUCAUCCAUAUGUACACGACGGACAUGAUUCUGUGCAAACACAUCUCACACACGUAAACGCGUACGGCAGGUGACUGACGAUGAUAGCUUGUCGGCUUUUGCCUUCUCUCCCCUCUCUGGCUCCUCAAUGCUUCUACGUUGGGCCGUGGAUCUCUGUACUGUUUACUAUUGAGCGUAUAUACUGCUGCUGCCUGUUUUCUCUCUCCCUCUCUCUUUCUCUCUCUCUCGCGCAUGGGCUGGCAGAGGACGGCUGUCGACAAGGAGGCGAAUGGCGGAAGCGGUAUCAAUGCCUUUGCAGGGAGCCAGCGAGGGAGCGAGCGAGCGAGCGAGAGAGAGAGAGAGGGAGAGAGAGAGAGAGAGAGAGAGAGAGAGAGAGAGAGAGAGAGAGAGAGAGAGAGAGAGAGAGAGUGCGGUGGGGGUAACGCUUGACCGUUGCUCAUGGGCACCAUGUGUCCUUGAUGGAGGUAGGGAUUAGGUAUGCCGUCCUAGAAUUCUAGUGACGGAGGCGUCGGCAUUGUGCUCGGAUUUCAGCUGGUCCUAGAAUUCUAGUGACGGAGGCGUCGGCAUUGUGCUCCGUCCUUGAUUUGGCUGCGAGACGGGCGCAGCAGGUCCGGGUGAGGCUUGGGGAAUGUGAAGUGGUUGCGACUCGGGAUCUCGAUCUCGAUCUCGAUCGGCUCUUCUGGGGCUAUACUCCAUGUUUCAGUGGGUUGGAGGAACUUGUAGCGCAAGAGGUCCAGAGCUAGUGAGGGACCGACAAGCGCAGGCGACCCACAAGCGCCCACACACACAGACGAACAAGAGAGAGAGAGAGAGAGAGAGAGAGAGAGAGAGAGAGAGAGAGAGAGAGAGAGAGAGAGAGAAAACGGGUUGUGGUUAUGCGCAACAAGGGACAGUAUAGCAUGAUGGGCGAGUUUGAUUGGCCAGAGGUUGAAGAUGUGCUGUGGUUGUGGUACAUCGUUCGGACGAAUGACUAUCCGGGAGCGAGAAGUACUGUAUAUUGGGGCCAGGAGGAUGAGAGAACAGCUGGGCAAGAGACACAUUGUGAUUCUUACGAAUGGAACCCGUGUACAGGGAAGGAGGACGCUGGGGAGAUUUAGCAUGUGUUGGGAUUUUUCGAUGAUGGGCCAGCUGCUUGGGCUCACAAGUACGCGGGCCAGCGAUGCGGUGUCGUGGGCAGCGUAGCGUAGUGUUUGUAAAUGCCUUGCAAGGAAGCGGACAUGGGCUGCAAAGAGCGGUGAUCGUCAAAAGCACCACUGCUAGCCAUGUGGAAGAGAAACAAGCAAGCCGUUCUUGAAUGUGGAGAAGAUGGAGGUCUCUGGUCGCUGUCCGCCGCAAGAUCUUGGUAAAGCAAGCCAAGCACGUGCGAGCAUGCGGUUUCGUCUGUCUAUAUUGGUGGGGCGUAUUCAAGUUCUGUAGCAUGAGCAGCUGGGGGCAGUAGCAUUGGGGCUCAAUGGGGGAAGAAAGGCGAGACCUAUUGAACCUGUGGGGGUUUGUCUGGGAGUCCAGCAUUCAUUCAUUAUCUCGGUUACGUUGUUAUUUUGCCUCCCUCCCCUCCCUCCGUCGUUGUGGAUGAAGGAGAUAACGCACGUGGGGAAGAUGAAUAACCAUCCACUUGCACACGCGCGCGCAGCCAGUCAGCAAGCGAGAAGGCGGAGGUUGAGUGGAAUGUCGGACGACUGUGAGUUGUAUGUAGAUUAUGGGAACGGUGGAGGGUGGCAGGGGGGUGGGGUUUGGUCGUUCCGGAGCAGAGAGAUGAAGAGCGGAGGGAAUGAAGGAUCAAGGGAGUAGCGCGACGGAGGACGCAAUAGGGUUGGGGAGCAUGAUUCAGGCUCAGUAAAUGCCACGAACGAGAGUUCUUGUUCCCCGAGGGAGUGGGUGAGAGAGGUGGUUAUCAGAUGGAGGGUUUUACGUAGUGCAUGUGGAUAAGUGGGCGGCUUGGCGUGUGUUCGCACUGUAGGCGACGUCUGGUUUUUGUACUUUGUAAAAAGAUCACUCACGGGUGAUGGCACUUUGGAUUCUUGCAGUUCUUUUUCUAGUACGUGGAGUUGUGGUGGGACCUUUGCUCCCUCCCUGCCGUCGACCAUUGUUAUGGCCUCGACUGGUGUGUCUGCUCUCUGCCUUGCUCGCUGGCGAGGGAUGUUACUGCCGGUCUCUGCCUUGCUUUCUUCUUCGGGAAUGACACGAUGCUCCCUUUCCGGUCGCCCCUUGAACGAACGGGUUUUCUGUCUGUGAUAUGACUUGAAGCGGAAAGAAAGAAAGAAGGAAGGUGAAGUGGGAGGAAGGUUGCUGCCCCCUCCCAAUCCGUUAGUUUUCACUUGUUGUUCGGGAGAGAUUUUGAGCUUAUGGAAUGGGUGACUGGACCAGUCGUUAUUGCAAACCCGUAUGGAAGAGGCAUGAAGGCACAAGGGCACGAUGGAGGGGAAAACCUUCGAAGGAGGGCAAAGAGAGAGGGGGGGGGCGGAUUCAACGCAGAGGUAAUCUUGCUGCUAAUGGUGGUGGUGGAAGAAAUGAUUCGUUGCUCUCUAGGGUGAGGAGGUGGAGGUGAUGAUAAUGGUGGUCGCGGAUCGCAAGAGGAAAGCAAGGAAGGGAACACAUCCUUGAGACGGACAUAGACAAGGGUAGGGAAAGGAGAGAGGGCAAGGAGGGACGGGACGGGUCGGGUAAGAAGGGCCAUUGUUUAUCUUAUCUUUCCAGAACGUUUUGUCUGGGCUCGUUUUAGCGAAACGAUUGAAUCUGUGAAUUAGUCACUUUUUCUUUCCAAUCCAAUGUUUUUAUAAUUGUGGUGUCGACGAAGCGAGACUGCUGCAGUCUCGGAAGUUGUAAGAAAUGCGAUUUUGUUAUGGCUUCUCCAUGUUUCAUAUCCCUCGGAUCGGGUGUGCCAAGACUCU